AUGCCGGGCUUGCGGAUCUAUGAGGACGCAGACAGGCUUUCUACCACUUCCAGACCUCAGGAACAGGGAGUGACCCUGUCUGCUUCAGACACCCUCAUGCCGGGCAUCAGUUCCACCGCUCCCCACUAUGACCUCUGGGACAUGGACCACCUGGACCAGCACUACUUCUAUGAUGACCAUGACCCGGAUGAGGAUUUCUUCAAGUCCACUGCCCCCAGUGAGGACAUCUGGAAGAAGUUUGAACUGGUACCUACCCCACCCAUGUCUCCCAUAAGAGCAGCGGAGGGGUCGGCUAAGGUGGGGGUGCUUUACCCAUCUCUAGGUGACAAACUGGAAUGGGUCUCUCAGUUCUUGGGACAAGAUGAUGAGCAGCAGGACACGCCUUGCAGAGUGACCACCUCCACAGAGACUUUUGGGAACCUGAGUUCCAUUAUCAUCCAAGACUGUAUGUGGAGCGGAUUCUCAGCUGGCCAGCAUCUGGAGAGAGUGGUGGCAAAUGAGCGACAGGCUAAACUGGCCGGAGCCCCUGUUGUGACACCUUCUCCUGUGGGGAAAGUCAGCCACAGUGGGGCUGGGGACACACCCUUGCACAAUGGGCAGGCUACUGACUGUGUGGACCCUGGGGCUGUGUUCGCUCUGCCCCUGGGUGGACUCGGUAAGAAGCAAGUGUCUUCAGGAUCUGAGUCACAUUCAGACUCUUCAGAUGAUGAAAAUGACAAAGAAGAGGAUGAGGAGAUUGAUGUGGUGACAGUGGAGCAAAAGCAGCAGCGGAAGCCUCGUCGCCUGGUGAAACGAAGAAAGCCUGUGACUAUAACCUUGCGAGCAGAUCCUCUGGAUCCUGGCAUGAAGCGAUUCCACAUCUCCAUCCACCAGCAGCAACACAACUACGCUGCCCCCUCCCCAGACACUGUGACCCCUGAACCGAUCAGGAAGCGGGUAAAGCAGGAGGCUGGUGCUUAUGAAACGCUGAACUCUCAGCAGCAGCAGCCUCGGCUGGGCUACACCCCAUUGAACUUGGAUAGUAGAAAGUGUCACAUGACCUCAAGCACCUCCAUCAGCUCAGAGUCUAUAGACUUUAGUGCCUCUUCUCCUACCUCGUCAUCUUCUCCCUCCUCACCUGAAUCCUCUUCCCAGACCUCACCUGUAAAGCCCCUUCCCCUGUCCCAAUUUUCUAGUCCCCAGUCAUCAGAUUGUGAGGACACAGACAAACGCAAAGCACACAACUUUCUGGAGCGAAAGCGUCGAAACGACUUGCGUUCCCGCUUCCUCUCGUUGCGGGAUGAGAUUCCAGGAUUAGCUGAUUGCCCCAAAACCCCCAAGGUGGCUAUUCUAACACGGGCCACGGAGUACCUCCAACAGUUGCAUGACAACGAGAAGCAGAAGACCUCUGAGAGGAAGCAGCUGAAAGCCAGACGGCACCAGCUCCUGCAUCGACUGGCCCAGCUGAAACGCUCCUGA